CGUUACCUUUUAGCUCAUUCGAAUAGAGAGGCAUAGAGAGCGUGUGUGUGCAUUUUUGUGGUCUAGAGAAAAACAAACAAAUGUCAGGCCCUCAGUGCUGCUCGAACGCACCAACACUGAACCCAUCCAGCGGCUCUGGCCAUGUUGAGAAGUUCGGUGGUCUGGACACCUAUGUCACUGGCUCCCCUGACUCCAAGCUUGCUAUUCUUCUCGCCUCUGACAUUUUUGGAUAUGACGCGCCCAACUUAAGGAAGCUGGCAGACAAAGUUGCAGCUGCUGGCUUCUUUGUUGUGGUCCCUGACUUCUUUUACGGAGACCCUUUUGUACCUGGAGAUGAUGGAUCCUAUGCCAAUCUACCUACUUGGUUAAAAGAUCAUGGACCGGACAAGGCAUUCGAAGAAUCAAAGCCAGUACUUGAAGUUUUAAAAAGUAAAGGUGUUUCUGCAGUUGGUGCUGCAGGAUUCUGUUAUGGGGCCAAGGUUGUUGUUGAGCUAUCAAAGCAUGACUUUAUCCAAGCUGCUGUUCUGUGUCAUCCUUCAUUUGUCACUCUGGAUGAUAUCAAGGCGGUUAAGGUUCCCAUUUCGAUACUUGGAGCUGAAAUUGAUAAGAUGUCUCCCCCUGAAGUCGUGAAACAAUUUGAAGAGGCCUUAACUGCAAAAUCUGAGAUUGAAUGCCAUGUGAAGAUCUUCCCAAAAGUGGCACACGGGUGGACUGUGAGGUACAAUGUUGAAGAUGAAGCAGCUGUUAAGGCUGCUGAAGAGGCUCAUCAAGACUUGUUGGAGUGGUUCUUGAACCAUGUCAAGUGAAUUCUAUCAUCACCAUGAAGCGUUGCAUUAUCACUUAAGAUGAGAACGGUUUGGACCUUAUUUUAUCAACUGCACUUUAUUUACUAUGGAUCACAAUAAUGCCUGCAGUUUAGGUACCAUUAUGUGUAAAUUUAGUUGCUUGGAGGAGAGUAUAGGUUUGAAAUGCAUUGUUUAAAGUGAAUACCAAAUGGGAUAUUCAUCAUUCAAGUAAGAAACUGUCAUGUAAGAUGGGAACUAUGUGGUGCUUAUAUUUUUGCAAGGAAUGGUGGAGUUGAAGUUGUAGAUGUUUACCCUUAUUUUCUGAAGCAUCUUAAGUUUGGCGUUUGGUGA